UUUUCCAUGACUUGAAGGCGGUGUAGGAGAACAGCUUUGUGUUUCUGUCCAACUCGUCUUUACGUCGUCAAGGAAAAGGAAGUUACAUUGGACCUGAGCCGAUAAAGGGAGAAGACAGGUCAUUCUAACAUGGAAACAGCAAGUCCUGAUUCCACCCCUGCACCCAGUCAUCCCUUACCAAAUGGAGAUGCUGUUACGCCGGAGGGAAAUCUGGAGACGACGUUGGAGAAUAGCCUGUGCAGCCAGUACGAGGAGAAGGUGCGCCCCUGCAUCGACCUCAUCGACUCCCUGCGGGCCCUGGGCGUGGAGCAGGACCUGGCCCUGCCCGCCAUCGCCGUCAUCGGGGACCAGAGCUCGGGAAAGAGCUCCGUGCUGGAGGCGCUGUCUGGUGUCUCCCUCCCCAGAGGCAGCGGUAUUGUUACAAGAUGUCCCCUGGUGCUGAAACUGAGAAAACUUAGGCAUGAUGAUGAGUGGAAAGGCAAAGUCACUUACCGAGACCUGGAGAUUGAGCUUUCUACUGCUUCGGAGGUAGAACAGGAAAUCAGGAAAGCCCAGAAUGUCAUUGCUGGGGAAGGUGUGGGAAUCAGUCAAGAGCUAAUUAAUCUGGAGGUCAGCUCCCCUCACGUGCCAGAUCUGACCCUGAUAGACCUUCCUGGCAUCACCAGGGUGGCUGUGGGGAAUCAGCCAGCUGACAUCGGACGUCAGAUUAUAGCACUCAUCAAGAAGUACAUCCUGAGGCAACAGACCAUCAUGUUGGUGGUGGUGCCCAGUAACGUGGACAUCGCCACCACAGAGGCGCUGAGCAUGGCUCAGGAGGUGGACCCCGAUGGAGACAGGACCAUAGGGAUCCUGACAAAGCCCGACCUGGUGGACAGAGGCACGGAAGACAAGGUCGUUGACGUGGUGCGAAACCUCGUCUACCACCUGAAGAAGGGCUACAUGAUCGUCAAGUGCCGGGGCCAACAGGACAUCCAGUACCAGAUGAGCCUGUCCAAGGCCCUGCAGAGAGAGAGGGCCUUCUUCGAGGACCAUCCUUAUUUCAGGGAUCUCCUGGAGGAGGGAAAGGCCACGAUCCCCUGCCUGGCAGAAAGACUGACCAAUGAGCUCAUCGCACACAUCAGUAAAUCUCUGCCCCUGUUAGAAAAUCAAAUAAAGGAGAACCAGCAGAGUAUAACAGAGCAGUUGCAGAAGUAUGGCAUGGACAUCCCGGAAGAAGAAACUGAGAAAAUGUUCUUUCUGAUUGACAAAAUCAAUGCAUUUAAUCAGGACAUCCAAGCCUUAGUAGAGGGGGAGGAAUCUGUGUGGGGCGACGACAGUCGGCUGUUCACCAGAAUCCGGAUGGAGUUCGGCAAGUGGAGCAUUGAGAUCGAAAAGAGUUUCCAGAGAGGUUAUGAUGAUAUUUUUAGACAGAUCAGGAAAUUUGAAAAUCAGUAUCGCGGCAGAGAGCUGCCAGGGUUCGUGAAUUACAAGACGUUUGAGACGAUCAUAAAGAAGCAAGUGAAGACCCUGGAGGAGCCGGCGGUGGAAAUGCUGCAUAAGAUCACCGAUAUGGUCCGGCUUGCCUUCGCAGAUGUUUCCAAGAAAAAUUAUGAGGAGUUUUUCAACCUUUUCAGAACCUGCAAGUCCAAAAUUGAAGACAUUAAGUCAGAACAAGAAAAGGAAGCGGAGAAGUCCAUCCGACUGCACUUCCAAAUGGAGCAGAUUGUCUACUGCCAGGACCAAGCGUACCGGGCUGCGCUGCAGAAGAUCCGAGAGAAGGAAUCUAAAGAAGAGAAGAAGGGGAGUUCUCGCGAGCAGACGCCCUCUCUGGAGGAUCCUUUGACUUGCUCCCUCAUUGAAAUCCUCCAACACCUGAUGGCCUACCGCCUGGAGGCCUGCAACCGCCUGUCCAGCCACAUCCCUCUGGUCAUCCAGUUCUUCAUCCUCCAAUCGUACGGGCAGCAGCUGCAGAAGGCCAUGCUCCAGCUGCUGCAGGACAAGGAGAAGUACGACUGGCUCCUCAAGGAGCACAGCGACACCAGCGACAAGAGGAAGUUCCUGAAGGAGCGGCUGGCGCGGCUGACCAAGGCCCGGCGCCGGCUGGCCCAGUUCCCGGGCUAGGGGCUGUCUCCCCUGCGCCCCACCUCCCGGGGUCCUCCUUGUUAGUCACCCCUGCUCAUCCCCGUAGAGGGGAGGGACCAGGAGGAAGCUGUGGUGAGGAUGUGCUUUCCAGAUGUGGUUUCCAGUGUGAGACUUGAGACACCCUCCCCACCCCCCACCCCCCAUGCAGGAUGUGGUUUAGGUCAGGCGGCUGGCACCGUCUUCCUGGUGAGGAACUGGAAACUGAUCUUCCCAUCAUGUUGUCCCUGCUUCCCCGGCUCUUCCCCAUCUUCCUCAGGGACCCACGCCCCUGAGCACCAUAGCAGGGCUGUUCCCCGGUUUCUCUCACGACCAUUCAUGGGCCCGAUGUUUUAGUACCCUGAGUGCCCUCUGCAUGAAUGCUGUAGAAGUCAUACCUCAUCUGUUUGUAAUAAACUCUUUUCUAACAGACG